AUGAGAGACAUAACAUGGUGCAUGGGCAUUAUGCUCUAUCUCUCCAUCUGCUUACUCGGCAAAAGCCUCUCAGGAAAGGCACUAGUGCAAUCUCGACAACGGCGAGCACCUGCCGAUGACUCCAAGAAGUGCUCCUACACUUUCAUGAUGCCUCAGCAGAGGAUCACAGGUCCGAUCUGUGCCUCUGCCACCGGGCCAGAACCAGACAAAGACCGGGUGACACGUAUGGAUAUUUCUGAUGUCCGGGAGGUCCUUUCCAAGCAGCGUCGGGAGAUCGAGAUGCUGCAACUAGUGGCGGAUGUGGAUGGGAACUUGGUAAAUGAGAUGAAGCUUCUGCGCAAAGAGUCUCGUAACAUGAAUUCCCGUGUGACACAGCUCUAUAUGCAGUUGCUUCAUGAAAUUAUCCGCAAGAGGGACAACUCCCUGGAACUGGCCCAACUGGAGAACCGUGUGCUGAACGUCACCACAGAGAUGCUACGACUGGCCUCCCGUUACAAAGAGCUGGAGCUACGUUUCGCAGGCCUUGCUUCCACAGUAAACAACCAAUCUGUGCUCAUCGCCGCCCUGGAGGAUCGUUGUCUUCGUGGAUAUGGGCGCCAAGAUCUACCCGCAGUCCCACCGCUGGUGCAGGUGGUGCCAGAGAACAUUCCAGUAAACAACAAUCGCUUCACCAAUGAGAUUCAGAGAGACCACAAUAACAGAGCCUUUCCAAGAGGGUCACGAAUGGAUGCACCAACACCAGACCCACUUGGAAUCCCACCACCCCCUCAGGGAACCCUUACCUCAGAUGGCCCAUUCAGAGACUGUUUCCAGGUGCGGCAGGCGGGACACAGCACCAGUGGGAUGUAUCUGUUGAAGGCAGAGGGCAGUGAUAGACUGAUUCAGGCCUGGUGUGAACAUAAAUUAGACAACGGAGGCUGGACUGUUUUUCAGCGAAGAAAAGAUGGCUCUGUCAACUUCUUCAGGAACUGGGAGAAUUAUAAGAAAGGCUUUGGGAACAUAGAUGGAGAGCACUGGCUGGGCUUGGAGAACAUCUAUAAUCUCGCCAAGCAGGGAGACUACAAAUUGCUGGUGGAGCUGGAGGACUGGGUUGGAAAGAAAGUGUACGCAGAGUACAGCAGCUUCCAUCUGGAGUCUGACAGUGAGGCCUUCAGGCUGAGACUGGGCACCUACCAGGGCAAUGCCGGAGACUCUCUCACAAGCCACAAUGGAAAACCCUUCACAACGCUUGACCGGGAUAAAGAUGCCUUUACAGGCAACUGCGCUCAUUUCCACAAAGGUGGCUGGUGGUACAACGCGUGUGGUCAAACGAAUCUGAACGGUGUGUGGUACUCUGGCGGUGUGUAUCGCAGCAAGUUCCAGGAUGGGAUCUUCUGGGCGGAGUAUGGAGGAGGGUUCUACUCGCUCAAAUCAGUCCGUAUGAUGAUCCGGCCAAUAGAUUGAGGUUCACCUCAGGACCUCACCCUCUUACCAAACCCGACUGAGUCUAAAUUGCUUGAAUGUACUCAUAAUUCACUUCAGCACUUAUUUAUAAUCACACAUUCAUGUUUAUGAGGACUGACAUGUAUAGCACAGUAUAGUCGUCAUUUGUACAGCACUGAUAAAAAUCCUGAAAAGGAGGAGUGGAAGGAUAUGCGUUUCUCCAGACUUGUACACCAAUGUCCUUUGUCCAUCCCAAUGCAGAGAGAAGACGACCAAGUAGAAACUAGAAGUUGGACCACAACACAGUCAACUUCAGCAUCUCCUGCUCUUCUCCAACUCCUACAUUUUUCCUCACUGCUGUCCAUUCUUUCCAACUCUUCCUCACUGCCUGGGGACUGAUGCCAUUAAAUCCUCAAUCACUGGUUUUUAAUCAAAGAUCUUCGCAACUAACCAGAUUUUGGCCUCUGGCUUUGGAGGUGUGUCUUUAACAAUAAGGACUGGCACUGGGCUGAACUGUUCACCAGGCCCCGUUUGCAUUCGGGGGUAAUGUUGGUCUGUAAAUAUACUUUAUGUUUUAUAUUUGUUCGUUUUUGUAAGAGUUAAUUUAAGGACUCACCUCCAAUCCGCAGUAAUCAUUUGUUAUUUAUAUAUCAGUGAUCUGUAUUUAUGACAGUUAUAAUCCUCCAGUCAU